AUGCGAAAAAAAAAAAAAAAAACUGCCAAAUUUUCACCCCAAAUUGGCGCCAUUCUCAAUUUAGCCCCAAAAUUUCGCUUAUCUUCAUUUCCUCGGUUCUCCCUCCACUCCUUCACACUACUCCCUCCUUCAAUCCACGCCAUUCUCAGAUUUUCACCCCAAAAAUCUGCCAAAUUUUGCCACUCUUUCACUCCUCCACUUCUCCCUCCUUCACUCCCGGAUUAUUUUGCCCCAAUCUUUUGCCUUACUCCUUCAAUCUCCCAUCCGGCCUUCCUCCUUCCUUCACGCCUCCGGCACCGGCAGCAACUCAGGACCCAUCAACGGCAGCAACCCACCGGCACCAUCGUCUUCAUUAGCAACCCACUGACACCAUCGUCUUCAUUAGCAACCCACCGGCACCAUUGUCCUUCUCGAUGUUGUAUAUAUGAAAUAGUGGAAGAUCUUUUUGACCUAAUUGAAGCCUGCAUAACACCUUUACGGCAUUGGGUUGCGGGUACUUUCACCAUGUUUGUUGGGCUGUCUAUGGCGGAAAGCCGAAAAUAUUCUCUUCUUAUCCCACUUCUACGAGUCUCUAUUACUGAAGUGCCAAACUUGCUGGCCCUAGCUGGGAAAGGAUACUAUGAAAGUUCUGGUGCAAAGGUAUUAGAGGAUGACAUGAUUGAGACCUAUGACAAUGAUUUCUUGCUUCUUCAGCCCAAUCUCGUUUCUGAUGAAGUGAUUGCACUAUUACCAGAUUCUGAAAGUUCCUUCACUCCUUAAUCCUUAUAGCUAUAAGUGCCAAGGUCAAAGUAUGAUGCUUGUGAAUUGUGAUUGAUUAAACACUAGUGCCACAGAUUGCAUGUGAAUUGUAUUAAAUGUAUGGUUCGGUGUUGUUUAUUUUGAUUAGUAUCAUAAACUUGUAUUGGUAUGAAACUACUAUUGGUGUUACAAUUGCUAUUUGCAAGUGGAUAAUUUGUAUUUUAAAUUAAAUUUA